AUGGCCGACGACUUUGAUUCAGGGAAUCUCUUCCAGGAUCCGGAAGGAUAUUAUCCCGAGGAUGCACCCCCUACUUUUGCCGAGCAUGGCAUGUUGUCCGGUCAAAAGGUCCGGGUUCGUCUCGUCGGAGACCAUCCUCUCUAUGGAAAUCUGCUUUGGAAUGCGGGCCGCACCAGCUCGCAUUACAUUGAAGAACAUACCGAGGAUCUCAUCCGCAACAAGGAUGUUCUCGAGAUCGGGGCAGCGGCAGGCGUCCCCAGCAUCGUGAGCGCGAUUCAAGGGGCACGCACCGUCGUGUUGACCGACUACCCUGACCCAGAUCUCGUUUCAAACAUGCAAUAUAAUGCCGAUCUGUCUGCCGGUGUCAUCCCACCCAGAGAAGAUGGCCUGCGUCGCCUUCAUGUGGACGGCUACAAAUGGGGUAGCGAUGUGGCCAAGUUGCGCGCGUAUCUACCACCUGCUGCUGAUGGCUCCCCUGGGCUAUUCGAUGUUCUCAUCAUGGCCGAUGUGGUGUACAGCCACCGCGAGCAUCCGAAUCUGAUCAAAACCAUGCGGGAGACCAUGAAGAAGAGCGCCGACUCUGUCGCUCUGGUCAUCUUCACUCCCUAUCAACCUUGGCUUUUGCCCAAGACCGAGCAGUUCUUCCCUCUGGCUGAGGCUAGUGGGUUCACAGUGACCAAGAUCUUCCAGAAGGUGGUUGAUGCAGUUCUUUUCGAAAAGGACCCCGGUGAUGAACAACUACGAAGAACCGUGUUCGGAUAUAAAAUUCGGUGGUCACCAGAGGAAUUGGCCUCUGAGGCAUUUAUAGAUGCGGGGUCACAUGCCCCGCAGCAAAAAAAAGUUCGCCGAAACAAACCGCAACAACCAACAAUGCCGCUCGUCAUUUUAACCGGUUACCCAUGUUCGGGUCUCACCCUUCGCGCCAACCAGCUCGCAUCUUCGCUGGAAAAACACCAAGAUGAAAUAUUCGCCGCCGCCGAAGCAGGCACGCCAGUGUCACUGAAGUCUCGAUACAAGGUUCACGUUGUCGCAUCGCAUGACUCCUCCCAUCCUCGAAUCGUGUACGACCAUGCCCGCACGGAGAAGGAGGCACGUGGAGUUGCGUACGCGCGAGCCAAGCGCGUGCUCAAGCGAGACAGCAUCGUCAUUCUCGACGGAAUGAACUAUAUCAAAGGAUGGAGAUAUCAGCUUUGGUGUGAGGCAAAGGCCGCGCAAACUACAUGCUGUGUGGUACAUGUCGGAACACCCGUCGACCAAUGUGUCGCCAACAACGACGCCCGCUUGCGCCGAGAUGCCAACAAAGACGAUAGUACACCAGAAACCACUGAAAACACACAAACCUCUGAUACCGAGGAGGCAUACCCUUCCGAACUACUGAACAAUCUUAUCUUCCGCUACGAAGAGCCAAGUACACAUAGUCGCUGGGAUAAGCCCCUCUUCACAGUCCCCUAUGACGACCCCGAGCCCCCAGUAGCAGACAUCUUUGAAGCUCUCACGGGUGUGGCUCUUCCCACCGAAAAACCAACCCUCCCCGCCCUCACUACACUCGCCCCCGCCAUCUCCGACGCAGCCAGCACAACAACAGGUGGCCCAAGAGGUGGUCGUCUGUCAACCCGUCCUCGGAUCGUCCCUCACCAAGCGACUGUUCAGUCGAGCGUUACAGAUCCAAAUGCAAUGUACGCAAUGGAAAAGCGUACCUCAGCCGUCGUGACUGCAAUUCGCAACUUCACAAGCACAUAUCCAACCGCAGAUAUUGCUCUUGCUCAAAGCGACGUCGCCGAUGGAGUUUCUAUCUCCGUGCCGGAUGUUACUACUUCCAUUUUCUUGCCGUCACAUAUUGUUCUAUCGGGUACAACGGAGGAGCUGGCUGGAGCGGGUGGUGUUCUUGCACUGCCACGGUUGCAGAGGUUGAGGAGGCAGUGGAUCAGUUUGAAUAGGGCCUAUAUCGGCCGGGGAGCGGGUGCAUUAGCCGCAGAGCAGAUUGGGGAUGCGUUUGUUCGAUUCCUUAAUGCGGAGUUCUCGGGCGCUGCUGGGGAGGCUGAAGAAUAA